AGUGCUUUCCCCGGGUUUGGGACCCCGCACCUUUCUGCGUAUGCGGACAUUAACCACGGGUAUAAAUGGGCCUCCGCCCAGGGACGCUGCACGGCGCUACGAUGCUGCCUUUGUGGGAAGCCGUAGCAAGGAUCGGGGGCGCGGCUGACGCCUCCUUCCAGCUGACCGACGUGGGGCGGUGCCUGCCGCGGAAGCUGCAGUUCUGCCAACAGCAGCGGCCGGAGGCAGAGAGGCGGCCUGGGCGAUCGGGAGCCAUGGUGCAGCUGUACAACUUGCACCCUUUCGGCUCGCAGCAAGUGGUGCCCGCCAAGCAGGAGCCGGCGCUCUUCUGCUGCGGCCGAGACACGCUGCUGGUGGCUUGUGCGCCGGGCGCCUGCAAGGUGGAGGUGUUCGCCGCCGGCCGGCCGGAGCUCUGCGAGCCCCUCGGCUCUUUCUGCACCCUGGGGCGGGUGCUGCGCAUGGCGUACAGCGAAGUGGGUAAGUGGCAAGCUGGGCAAAGAGCCCGAGAAGAGGGCGGGAUCUGUUUCGUUCGUUGUAGGUCAGCCCCUCUUCCUCUUUCUCCGGAAGAGCUCGAGGCUGCACGUGCAGGAUCGUUUCCCCCGCCGCCCUAAGCCCAUGCCAGUUUGUGCUCGCAACGAUCCUGCGAGGUAGGAUCGCCCAGUGACCUUCGUGGACUAAAUAGGAUUCUGCGCAGUUGCUUGUGUGGCGUGAGCAUCCGAUGACAUUGCCGAUUAAUUCAAGAAGUGUACACAUUUUAUAAUGCGAAUGUAACUUCUUUUGGAAAUUUCCAGAGGUGUACCCGUGUUAAUCUCCAGCAAGAUAAACAACAGUCCUUUGGCACCUUUUGAAGGCUGAACAAAUUCGUUAUGGAGUACCUGCAUGGUCUACAAUCUCUUGUGUAUUUGCCACUUAGGGCAACAAAUCAGAUGAAGUGGCCUGUUGCUCUUAAAGGUGAUACAGUGGUACCUCGGGUUAAGUACUUAAUUCGUUCCGGAGGUCUGUUCUUAACCUGAAACUGUUCUUAACCUGAAGCACCACUUUAUCUAAUGGGGCCUUCCGCUGCUGUUGCGCCGCCGGAGCACAAUUUCUGUUCUCAUCCUGAAGUAAAGUUCUUAACCUGAGGUACUAUUUCUGGGUUAGCAGAGUCUGUAACCUGAAGCGUAUGUAACCUGAAGCGUAUGUAACCCGAGGUACCACUGUAGUGCUAUUUUUCACUUGGUAACUCCUCAGCUUAUGUAUGGUGUACAUAUUGAUUCUGUGUUUCAAAAAUGCUUCUAUUUUUCCCUCCGCAGGAGACUACGUGGUCACCGUUGAGGAAAAAAACGAGAGCCUCUUCUUGCGAGCUUAUGUAAACUGGAGAUGCAUGUCAACUGGGAACUCCCGCGUCUGUGUGCGGAUGAUAGGCCAUAACCUGGAGGCAUCCUAUUCUGAAGCGUCUAAGAACCAAAUUACAAUUGUAGAAUUGCCCCUUUCGGACCCCCCAUUGUGUUUUUCCUGUUGUCCUUUAACUGGAGACCUGCUUGUUGGCUGUAAGAAUAAACUGAUCUUGUUCUCCCUGAAACAUCUUGUCAGGAGUCAGAAUGUGACUGUGCUGGACUUUGAACGCUUGUUAAUUUUGCACAUUGAUAACAUCACUCCUUCAGAAGUUGCGUUUUGUGCUGGAUAUAUAGCCAUAACAACAGAACUAGAGGUCCUAAUCCUUCACCUGGAAGCUGGUGUGGAAGCAGCAGGCAGCAGUAGACAGCAGGCCUGUGACUCUGUAGAGUCUGAAAGGUUGUUCAACAAAGGUUGGUACAGUACGGCACUUAAAAUCUCCAGAGCAAGGCUUUGUAGUCCUUGACUUAUGUUUGUUGGUGUUUUUAAAAAAAGUCUUUGGGAUGGAAGCAGAGGCUGGACAAGCUGAUAAAACGCUUCCUUCUGUGUAAAACUAGCCAUCAUGAUAGUUGAGAAAAGAUUUAUUUUCAAAGGCACUGCAAGCUGUGGAUAGUUAGACAACACAAGAAGUUGAAUUAAUAUUUUAAGGUUGGAUCGAGAGCACGGAAGCUGCUAUUGAAUUUAUCUGUAAUGGCACAUCACAAAUCCUCUGGAUCAAGUCUUUGCAGGUCAGCACAAACAAAACUUUAGUUCUCUCGAUCCAGGCCAAUGUUUGUGUAUGUGUUUAAAAAAACCAAAAGAAAAACCAAUCAGGUCAUGCAAAAGAAAAAGUAAAAUUGCACUUAACUUGAAAUAGUUCCAUCUUGGCAUAUGUUUAUUAUGCACAGAUCAAAAUGCUACAGUCUCUUUUCAGGCAUGCUGAAUCUUUUGAGAGCAGCAGGAACAUUGGUUGCAAAAAUUUGAAUUUCCAUUCAUCUCAGUUGUUCGUUUUUUCGCCAUCCGUGAUUAAAAAUGCCUUUUAGGAUUUGCAAUUCCAAAUUCCUGAACUUGUUGUAUAGUCCUAAUAUUAAUGCUUUCAUGAAUAUGAACUUUUCUCCAUACUGUUAGUUACACUGUAAGUAGCAGUUGUUUAAGUAAGGCUGCUUUUAUUCUUAGGACACUGAGCAUGUCAUAAGUUCCUAACCAUUCCCCCCGCCCCCCGGGUUGUAAACCUGAUUCUUUGCUCCAUUUAUUAAAGGUGUAAAAGAAGAACCUGAUUCAACUCCGUUUGAGUCGGAUGACUUUGUUAUCUGUCAGCAGCCUGUGGAGCUCUUUGGGGAAGAAAGCAGGCAGUGUGGAAUAUCUGUUACUCUGGAGUCAACAGGCUUAGUCGGUGAAGAGUCAAACUUCCAGAUGCAAUAUGUUCUGUACAGGUAGUCGAUUUUAUUAAAAAAUUAAUUUAAACAGAGCCAUAUUUAUCUAUCUCUCUAUCUCUAUAUCUAGAUAGAUAGAUAGAUAGAUAGUUAUUGUUGGCAUCCGUCUGUCUUGAGAGACGAUGGAGUGUGGACUCUGGGGCAGAAGUCAAACCGCUACGUUAGCAACACCGAAGUGACCUUCAUGGGCACAAGCCUGGGCAGAGUGUGUCACUGCCCAGACAAGACCCCCUCUCAGCCUCGUUGAUGUGGUCCAAAGGAAAGCAGAGCAGUAUAUUUGGCACUAGUUUGGCUGCAGGACUUGCAAGAAAGAGGCAUAACAAGCUGUCUUAAGGGCUCCACUCUGGAUUUGUGUAGAGUUUACUCUUUAACAUUUUCUUCUCCAGAAUAUAUCUCCAUGGCAGUGGAGAUUUAGGAUCAGAGUUUUCCUUCUCCUAGAUGGGCUACAUUCCCAGGUUGACAAGCCCCAUCUGCCCCUCACUUCCCUCUACAGCAUGUGCAGAAACUGCCUUCUUAACUAUUAGUCCCACUAUUGGAUCCAUAUCCAAUAGUACAUAUAUAACUAAUAGAUCAUUGGUCAUUAUUCCACUCUAGCUUAGAACAGAGACCAGUGAGACAGUUUGGACAAUUACAUUUUGACUUAAUAUGCUGAGAAAUGAACAACUCUUUUCUCACUGAAACACAGCCUGUUCCAUUUUUUAUUUUAUUUUUUUGCUUUGCAUGAGGCAUAUUUAAACCAAGAUGCCUUUAACCAUACAGUCAUACCUCUGGUUGCAUUCGCUUCAUGUUGCGGAUAUUUGGGUUGCGAACGCGGCAAACCCGGAAGUGUAUAUUUCUGGGUUUCGCCACGCACGCACAGAAGUGAUCUGCGUGCUUCACACAUGCGCAGAAGAGAUAUGCACACUUUGCACAUGCGCAGAAGCGAUCUAUCUCACAUGCACAGUAGUGGCGCUCUACUUGUGGACUUUUCUGGGUGCAAAUGGAUUGCGUACGUAAGUAGAGGUACCACUGUAUAUUCAGUGUUUUGGUCCAACCAUGUAGCUAUAGCUGUCAUUUUGGCAAGCUCGGGAACAACUUGUCCCCUUGUCUUCAAGCUUAGAAAGUGGGUCAGGACCAUGGCAAGCAAAACAACCUUACAUGAACUGGGCUGUACAUGAUGGAGCUGCAUGUGGCAAUAGAGAUUAUGUAGCCCAGCACCUUUGGCUCCCUAGGAGUUGUGCAUAUCAUGCACACUUAGUAAGUGGGCUCAGUCAUAGGACAAAAGCCAGUUGUAUCUCUGUUGGAGACCAUUUUAGCUGUUGGAUAUUCAUAUUGUCGUCAUUGCAACCUAUUGCCUUGGUCCCAUGGGUUUCUAUGUACUUGCCCAUGCACUGAGGUGCAAGUUUCUGCCUCACAGCAGUGCUUCAGAAUAUCCUUACAACAUUCUGCCAGAAGUUUUGUGAGCAGCUCAUGCCUAUAUGUUGGCUUGGAAUUGUUUCACCCGCCAUGUUUCUUUUUAGACGUUUUGCUCUAGACAUAUCCUCCUUUGCCUUCUCUGGCGACGAUGCCAAGCUGCACUCUCUCCAGCUGCUGCCUGUGUAUGUAACAGGUAGGUUUAUGACAUCUGCAUUUCUUCGUGGGCAUCCACCACAAUCUUUCUGGGGGAAAGGGCUAAGUAAAGCAUUGGGAGCAAAUGAAAACGGGAUUAUGGUUCAUUGGGGAGCAGCCCCCAUCCGCCUCAGAAAAAAACCCCAUAUUAAUUAUGCAAGGUAUGGGAAAGCUAGAGAUUAUGAAUCUGGGUGUGAAAUUUGUUUUUAUAUAUGUUGUCAAUUUUUAUUGUAGAAUUGCUUUGAGCGCUUUCAUGGGAGGUGACUUAUAAAUGAAAUUAAAGGAAUAAAUAAAGGGGAUUUCAAUUAAAUACAUUCAUUCAAAGUAUAGCUCUCUAGAGUGUUUUACAGAACUUCUAUGACAUAAAAAUCCUCUUCCUAAAAAUCACAUUGUCUUUAAAUAACAUUAGGAGUAAUUUAAUCACAAGAGUAGUAGCUGACUCUGAUUAGAUGUUUAUAUAUAAUUUUAAAUGGCAUAAAUCUUUAAAAGUACAUUAUUUUGAAUUUAGCUUUGAAUGCCUAAAUGUCAGAAGUAAAAGAGAGCUUUCUUCUGUAUGGAAUUAAGGAUUGAAUUUCCUUUAUAAAAUACUGGUAUUAUCUUAAAGUUUUCUCUUGGCUUUUAACACUUUUUAUAAUCUGCCGGUGCUUCACAACAUUAAUCAUACUCUGAGUAGACUUUAGAUCUAUCACUGUCUCUUUUUCCUUUGCUUUUUUGUGGCGCUACUGUAUGAUCGAACAAGUCAGCAUAGUCUAUAUUGCUGAUGUAUAAAGCAGGGGAUGAUGAAAAUGGGACAGGAGGAGGGGGGCUUGUUGGGUCUUAUUGAUGCUGGAAUGGUGUUAGGCAGGAAAGCAAUUACAUUGUAAGAAGAGUGUGCAUUAGUAAAGGUAAAGGGACCCCUGACCAUUAGGUCCAGUCGUGGCCGACUCUGGGGUUGUGGUGCUCAUCUUGCUUUAUUGGCCGAGGGAGCCAGCGUACAGCUUCCGGGUCAUGUGGCCAGCAUGACUAAGCCUCUUCUGGCGAACCAGAGCAGCGCACGGAAAUGCCGUUUACCUAUUUAUCUACUUGCACUUUGACGUGCUUUCUAACUGCUAGGUUGGCAGGAGCAGGGACCGAGCAACGGGAGCUCACCCCGUCGCAGGGAUUCGAACCGCCAACCUUCUGAUCAGCGAGUCCUAGGCUCUGUGGUUUAACCCACAGCGCCACCCACGUCCCUAGAGUGUGCAUUAAAUGUAGGCUAAAAUUUAGUCAAAUAUUAAGUUUAUAAAUUUAUUUAUAGAAGAAUUUAUAUACCGCUAAGUCAGCAAACCUACCAAAGCUGUUUACAACAGUAAAAGGAUAAAAAAAAAAACACACUUCAUACUAAGGAGUAAGUAUAAGUGAUGAUUUCCUACGAAUGCCAGCAUUCCAACAGAGCACUGCCUCAUAAUCAAAAUGGCUUAGGGUACCCCUCUUUAUCCUUUGACAAUUUGUCAGUAACCUGGAGAACUACUUGAUCAAAUCAAGAGUUAAUAAACGUUCCCAUUAUUAUUACGUUUUGGUUUGCUUUCACUCUUGCAGAAUAAUACUCUAGUUCAGGCAUCCCCAAACUCAGCCCUCCAGAUGUUUUGGGACUAUAACUCCCAUCAUCCCUAGCUAACAGGACCCAGUGGUCAGGGAUGAUGGGAAUUGUGGUCCCAAAACAUCUGGAGGGUCAAGUUUGGGGGUGCCUGCUCUAGUGCUUAUAGGCUACAGAGUGAAAGAGUUUUAUCUCAGAAUUCCUAACUCGAAAACAGAGACCCAAGUGAAUGUAGCGUGGGCUGCUCUCUUCAAUCACAGCUAAAUAUAUUUCUAAAACAUUCUGCAGGAUGUCUGAGAGCUGAUGCCUCCCUAAAGAAAGGGAGCCUGGGGAGUAAUUGCUUUCUUCCUUUCAUCUAGAGAAUUCUGCAACAACUGGCGGAGCUGAACCAGCUAAGCGAGAACUGCUGAGUCUGUUCUGCUUUUUUUCUCUGCCUCACAUUGGAUACCUCUACACAGUGGGCAACUUAGUGGAGCUGAUUUCCACCUACCAGUAUUCAGAGAGAUCCCAACAGGCGGUACUCACCCCACAAUUCCUACAUGUUAUCACAAGGUAUUAUAGCCAUUGUUAAAUUUAAAUACUGCAUUUUCCACACACAAAAUUGUGCUCAAAGCAGUUUUAAAAAAAAUCAGUUGAAAUACAAUAAUAGCACAACACAUUGUUGGCAUUUGUCCAUCUCGAGAAACAAUGCAGUGUGCAUCUGAGGGUGAAGCCAAACCACUGCGUUAUCAGCGCCAAAGUGAUCUCCCUGGGGCACAAGCCUGGGCAGUGUUUGUGAGGAUGUUCUGGGCUGGCCAGACACAAGGCCCCUCUCUUAGCCUUCCUGAUGUGGUCCAAAGAAAAGGAGAGCAAUACAUUUGGCACCAGCUUGGCUGCAGUAGUUGCUGGAAGAAGGCACACAAGGUGCUUGGAUAGGAACUCCACUCAGAUUUGUUUACUCCUUUGCCUUCUCGAACAUAUCCCUAAAAGCAGCAGAGCUUUAGGAUCAGAGCUGUAAUGCAUAAUGGGUGUUGUAUCCAUCACAGACCUGUUGAAAUCAAUGGGUUUAAGUUCAGUAAGCAUCUAGAUAUUGCAGCAUUGGCAUGGGUACUUUAUAACCACAGAGCGAUGCAAAACCAUCUAUCCAAUGGCUUUCUUUUUCUUCCCUAGCAACAACCUGCAGUGCUUUACUGUGAGAUGCAGCGCUGCAGCAGCACGUGAUGAAGAUCCAUACAUUGAUACAACGCUAAAAGUGAGUGGAUUCAACCCUCAGAUUGGCUCUUCAUGCCCACAGGUUACAUCUGCAUCUUUGCAAAGCAGUGGCAAAUGACUUGCAACAAUCCUGAGUUUCCUUUUGUUUUAGUCCUUGUUGCUUCCAUCUGGUCAGAUAGUUUGGCAAGGGGAUAUUUUGCAGGAGUUGGGGAUUACUGUCCUGUAGGCCUUAAGCCUAGGUUGGAGGACCCUGUGCACCUUUUCAGGUGUUGUUGGGCUCAACUCCCAUCGCCCACAGCCAGAUAAACAUGUGUGAAGGCAUUGUAAGUGGGUGGCGCUGUGGGUUGAACUACAGAGCCUAGGACUUGCCGAUCAGAAGGUCGGCGGUUCGAAUCCCCACAACGGGGUGAGCUCCCGUUGCUCGGUCCCAGCUCCUGCCAACCUAGCAGUUCGAAAGCACCUCAAAGUGCAAGUAGAUAAAUAGGUACCGCUCUGGCGGGAAGGUAAACGGCAUUUCUGUGCGCUUCUCUGGUUCGCCAGAAGCGGCUUAGUCAUGCUGGCCACGUGACCCGGAAGCUGUACACCGGCUCCCUCGGCCAAUAAAGCGAGAUGAGUGCACGACUCAACCUAAUGGUUAGGGGUCCUUUUAAGAGUCACCAAAUGAAAAGCAGGUAUUAAAAACCUGUCUCAAAUUUAUGCUGGGCGGAUUUCAGUAAGCAUACAGAGAAGCUUUACCUAGUUUUCUUCAGCACUCUGUUGGGACUAGAGGAGGAGAUGGAAACCUUUCUCUUCCACUGAAGAGAAUGGAGAAAUCCUGAGCUGUUGCCAAUUCCACGUUUCAGCAUGUGAAAAAGAUAUGCAACUUACAUACCUCUGUUAAACCUGUAGACCUUUAGUCCACAUACCGCAGUGACUGAACCAUGAAGGGGCUUAUGUCAAAUCAAAUCAAAAUAAGCUUUAUUAUACUAGCCAAAGGCCAUGACAAAACCAUACAAACUCUGUCAGGAAAAGUGGGGGGGGGGGACUUAUAUAACACUGUAACUAUGUAAAAAGCAGAGCCACCGCCUGAACGCUCAAGAUCAUAAAAUGCAGGUGCACAUGUAGAUUGAGAACUUCACACAGCAUGCAAUAUUUUCUUAUUUAGACCCCUGAAUCUCCCUUACAGGGGGUUUAUGUCCUUUUUUAAUGUCAGUCAGCUUGGAAAUGAUCAGCAUGCCACUCUGGACCCUGUAAGAAACUUGAACCUUUGAUGAGCUUGCUCAAGAUAACUAAAGAACCAUUUCUUCACAGGCUUGCCCCCCUGUGUCCCUGGAUAUCUGUGCCUUGAGGAUGCAGCUGUUUAUAGGGCUGAAAGCUAUUUCUCACUUCAAGAACCACGUCAUAGUUUUGACAAAAGCAGAGACCGAAGACAUUACGGAGAGAAAAAAGCCUUCAAGGAGACUCCUGUGAGUACGGUAGUUCAUAUGUUCAAACAGAGGCUAGCUUGGGACAUGCCUGGUGGCAUCAGUAGACGUGAUGGGGGUACAUGCACCCAACUUUACCCUAUUGUAAACAUUGUAAGCGUUGCAAUUGGGAUGAAAUAAACAUGUAUGAAAGUGGAUUUCAGGGACACCCUUUUCACUGUUCUUGUCUCCUUUUGUAUCUGUAGAAGCCCUCCAUGCAUCUUAGAGCCAGGAUUUCUCAGGAUCCUAAAAUGCAUGGAGAUGCUUCAUAGAUGCAAAAGGCUCCCCCUUCAGACUUCGUCACCUUCCAACUCCAAGGAAGUCAGGGCUAUCCCACUUGUCAGCCCCACCCUUAAAAAAAAAAAGUUUACUUUAAACUAGUUUUAAUGUCUCAAGAAGGCUCUUGAUAGCAUAAAUACAGUGGUACCUCUGGAUGCGAAUGGAAUCCGUUCCGGAGCCCCGUUCGCAUCCUGAAGCGAACGCAACCCACGUCUGCACGUACGCGGGUAGCGAUUUGCCGCUUCCGCGCAUGCGUGUGACGUCAUUUUGGGCGUCUGCGCAUGCGCGAGUGGUGAAACCCGGAAGUAACGCAUUCCAUUACUUCCGGGUCGCCGCCGAGCGUAACCUGAAAAUGCUCAACCCGAAGCUACUUCAACCUGAGUCAUGACUGUAACUGAAAUACCUAAAAGACAUAAUUAUGGGUACACGUGUAUUUUAACAGCCAGUGUGGUAUAGUGGUUUAGAGUGUUGGACUAGGGCCUGGGGGUGCCAGAGUUCAACUACCCUACUUUGCCAUGAAGCUGACUGGGUGAUCUUGGGCCAGUUACUGCCUCUCAGCCUAACCUACCUCACAGGGUUGUUGGGUGUGUUAAACGAGGAGGGUGAGAACCAUGUAUACCACCUUGAACUCCUUGGAAGAAAAGGUGGGACAUAAAUGCAAAAACAAAGAAACAUAGAAUCAAGAGUUGGAAGGGACCUUGAGGGUCAUCUAGUGCAGGGUCAUUUAGCCCUCUGCAAUGGAGGAAUCUCAACUAAAGCAUCCAUGGCAGGUGGCCGUCCAACCUCUGCUUCAAAACCACAAUCGAAGGAGACUCCAUAGCCUCUUACUGUCAGAAAGCUCUUCCUCAUGUUUAGUAGGAAUCGCCUUUCUUGUAACUUGAGUCUACGUCCUACUUCUUUCAGCUCCCGGAAGUCAGAUAGCAUCAAACCCAAGGUUUCUCCAGAAUCUGAACCUGGCUGGAAUUUAUACAUUGUGAACACAACUUCAACUCUCCUGCUUUACAGAGAAAUGGUACUAUACGCUGCUUUAGGGGUUUUUUAUAUAUAGAAAAUAGCAUAUUGUAACUUGAAUGCAUUUGCUAACUUCACAUAAGGUCUGCAAACGUUCCCCCUCCCCCCUUUAUGGUGUGCCCUGUUUCUGCCCUAGGUAGAGUACAGCAAGACCUAUGAAAAUGUAAGAACGGAGAGUUGUAUCCACCUUCUAAGUGAGGCUCACUUAUUAGUCAGAGCAGCACUAAUGGACCCUGAUCUGAAGGAAUCGGCAGAGAAGGAAGACCUCCUAGCAGCAUUACAGGAAAGCUGUGCUCUCCUAGGAGACUGUUACAGCAGGUUUGAAUUUCUUAGAUGUCAUAUCCAUAAAUACUUACACUUGGAUGACUCUUGAUGUUUAAACAUCUUUAUAUAAUCUUCUUUCAGCCUUCAUAUAUAAAACAAAGAUGUGUGCAUGGAAAAGCAACAACUUGCUCUUUUUUUCCUGCUUCCAUCAAUGAUGGACAUGCAGUCUCUGCUUUCUGGCCCAGUCAUAAUUUACAUAGGCUAUAGAUCAAAGCACUUCCAUUGUCGGCUGCCUGCACUUCUGUAAAAGCAGGUGUGGUGAACCUUUGGCCUUCCAGAUGUUGCUGAACUACAACUCCAAUCAUCACUGGCCGUGCUUGCUGGGACUGAUUGGAGUUGUAGUGCAAUUUUGUUUUGACAAGCAGCUUUUACAUACUCACUCCCAGUGAACGAAAAUGUAGCACUAUUGUAAUUUUGUUGGCUGCUUGCAGAUGAAUGGGAUCAUUAGCAGCUUUUCAGGGUCUACUGCAUUGACACUAUUCUGAAAAGGGGGGCAGGAAUCCACCAAAGAAUUGAGGGAAUGAAGAUUCCUUAGCUGCCAUCCAUCCAUGCUCUUCAUUGCUUGAAGAAGUGUGAAACAAGGUUUAAUCCUGCAAAUCUUGUUCCAUAUUUAUUGGAGAGCUGCUUUGUGGUCUGUAGUGUACUGUUUGGAUAAUUCCAGUGUUUUCAACAUUGUGAAACUUCUCAGUUAUUAUAUACAGGCGUGCCUUGGUUUUCGAACAGAAUGCAUUCCGGAAGUCCGCUUGACUUCUGAAACGUUUGGAAACCAAGGUGCAGCUUCCGAUUGGCUUCCAAUUGUGCAGGCAUGCCGGAAACAAUUGCAAAAGCCGCAUCGGAUGUUCGGCUUCCAAAAAAAGUUCGAAAACCAGAACACUCACUUCCAGGUUUCGAUCAUUCGGAAGCCAAAACAUACAAGUACCAAGGUGUUUGACAACCAAGGUACGACUGUAGUUACCUUGGUAUGUUUUGUUUGUUCCUUCCUUCCUCUACUCUAUUCCAAACUUAAAAAUGGAAAGCGUAAUGCUGGUGGUCAACAAAAGAGGUUUAAAGACUGUCUCAAGGCAAAUCAUAAAAAAUGUAGUCUAAACACUGACAACUGGGAAACACUGGCCUACGAGCGCUCCAGUUGGAGAACAGCCUUUACCAAAGGUGUCAUGGGCUUUAAAGACACUUGGACUCAGGACACAAGGGAGAAACGUGCUAAGAGGAAGGCACGCUUGGCAAAUCCACACUGUGAUCAACUCCCGCCUAGAAACCAAUGUCCCCACUAGGACAUAUAGAUCCAGAAUUGGCCUCCACAGUCACUUACGGACUCACUGUUAAACCGGUGUUUAUGGAAGACAAUCUUACUCAGCUACAAGUGAUCGCAGAAGAAGAAGAAUGUUUUGUUUCUAUUUGUUUGUUCACACAAUGCAGCAACAGGUUCCUGUAACUCUUAUUUGUUACUUUUUUUUAGAACCACUCCUUGGUUUAAUUCAGCAGCAGCUGGAGGGCCAAAUGCCCCUUACACCUCUGUCAUAGGGAUAUUGUCCUACAUGCGGAAGCAAUACUCCAUUGUGGGAACAGGUUGGCUUGCACAAAGUUGGAUCUCACUUUGAUAGUGGUCCUUCCUUGUGACUCUUUCUUGAACAUUCCAUGACGUAUUCCCCCAUCCAGGUUAUUUCCUCCCCAUCCAUUAGGCUGUGCUUAGCAGGCAUCUUGGUUUGGUUGCUACUCAUUGAAAAAGAUGAGCUAAUAUCAGCCUGUCAGUAUCGGGAGUAUAAACCUUACAAGUUGCAGACACAGCCUUAAUCCUGACAUAACAGUGAGACAUGGCCUAAUAUGAAAAGCUUUUUAUUGAAAGUAUUUUGUUAAUGCAAAGAGAGGGACUCUUCAGCUCUCUGGAUGUUACUGGAUGACAACUCAUGUCAUGCGAGGCGGAGUCACAAAGGGAGCCAGGUUUUCCAUCCCUAUGCUGAAGCAUUUCUGUUAAAAUAUAUGACUCUUCAUGUAGGUUUGUCGUGUUUAGUAGUUUCUGUACUUCCAGGUUUAACACCAAAGACUUCCACCUUGCUCUGCCUUACUACAAGAUGUCUGGUCUGUCUGUGACAGAUGUUCUGAAGAGAGUAGACCCAACGUUUGAAGAUAAAACUCAUAAGUACGAAAAGGGGAUUAUUUUUUACUUGUAUCAUUCCCUUUGUGAAGACACAGGCGAGGAGCUGAGUGAAGUAAGACUAUGGUUCCUUUUGUUGUUGCUGUUUCUCUUUCUCUGUAGAAGAUGGAUUAUUCUAUGUUCAUUUGUGACAGAUCAUUUGUGACCAACCUCCAGAAUGUACCUUUUGAUGUAAUAUCUGUAUGCCACUUUUCUUUAAAGCAGCUCAUAACCAUUGAGUGGGGAGAAAGCAAACAGUUCCAUUAAUGAAAUUUCCUCUUGGCUUAGUCAAUAAGCCUCUGGCUGGCUUGUCAAAUGACUAUCAUGUGAAUAACUUUCCUUUUAUGAGAGUGAAAAGUAUCCAAAAGUAUAAUGUGAGCCAGCCUUUGUAAAAGGAGCUGUUGUGAAUCUCAGAAAGCUACAAUUUAUACUUCACUGUUGCUCGCUUUUCUUUUAUGAGAUGUAAAAACUGUGUUGAUAUUUAGAUCGAUUUGGGGAAAGGUGUUACUGGUGGGGUAUCUUCUUAAUAAGAAGUUCCUUUUCUGGAAAAAAGAGGUGACUUUUUGUUUGUGCUUAGUUAAGUGGUAUAAUGCAGGUUGGAAGCUCUUUGCUCAAAAUCUCUCUCCCUUGCACUGAGAGGCCUUAGGCUAGCCUCCCAUCCUCAGUGGUCCUCUAUAUAAAAUGGAAUGAUAAUACAGUCGUAACUCAGAAGUCGAACGGAAUCUGUUCCGGAAGUCCAUUCGACUUCCAAAACGUUCAGAAACAAAGGCAUGGCUUCCGAUUGGCUGCAGGAAGUUCCUGCAGCCAAUCGGAAGCCUCAGAACCUGCAUCAGACAUUCGGGUUCCAAAGAACGUUUGCAAACCGGAACACUCUCUUACAGGUUUGCGGCAUUUGGGAGCCAAAGCGUUCAACUCGCAAGGCAUUCAACUUCCGAAGUAUGACUGUACUGUCCUGCUUUAACCAUUAUUGAGGAAAUUGUGCAAAGUUCUAGAAGCACUUAGAAAAAGCCAUAUAACUAUGUGAAACUUUAGCACGUUGCUAUGCUAAUUGGGAUCUGGGGAUGAAUGAAUACUACACACCUAUAACUCCCUAGGAUAUAUAUCAGGGAUAAGAAACCUAUGGUCCACCAGAUAUUGUUGGACUGCAACUUUCAUCAUCCCUGACCACUGACCAUGCUGAAGGGCACACAGCAACUUGUGGAGGGCCACAGGUUGUACACAGUGGAAGUGGAUUUGAAAUGGAUGUCCCAAACCAAGAUGCUUGUGUGUGACCCUGAGAUUACCUGCAACCUUCUCAGGAACGAAAUAAUGGCUUCAGCUGCUCUGCAUUUAAAAACAAACAAACACUUGAAACAGAUAAAUUAGUACUUGUUCCCCUAGCACCCCUGAUGAUUUCUGGGCGAAUUAUACAGAACAUUCAUGGGUAGAAAGAGGCCUUGUAUUAAAAACAAAGCACAGCUGUUGGUUUGCUUUUUAAAAACACGUAUCUUUCUUUUACCAGGAACUGGCAGCCAAAGUACUCCAUAUAUUCCACCCUGCCGAGUCAAACCAAAUACCCCAGGUACUCUGCAGCCCUUGCAUGAGAAAAGUGUCUCCUGAGAUAGCAAUCGAAUAUCUGCAGAAAGUAGAAGAGGUUGUGCCGUCUGUUGUGGUGACGCUAACCAAGGCUUCUAUGGCUCUGAAAAUGGGAGACCCUGAUGGAUGUAAAAGUGAGCUGGACAGCUACGCAGAGGUACACCCUGCUGGCUAUGUAUCAACAUUUGUGUCAAGGUUGUUGUCUUCCGUACCGUUAUGUGCAGUGGGAGUGAGCAGAGAACCAGGGUUGUUGCAAAAGUUCUGUUUCCCCUUCAGAUAUAUUAGGGGUGGCCAACUCCCAAGAGACUGCGAUCUACUCACAGAGUUAAAAACUGGGGGUUCAGGUCAAAGUUGUUGAGCUUUUUUUUAUGGGAGCCAAAGUAGUUGGGGGGAGCCAGUGAUCACGAACUACCUGUUGGUCGUGCCUGGGAUAUACGACAUGCUUCCAGGUGGCACGGGGUUUUGAAUGCCUUGCUUCUCAUGCAUUCAGGGUUUUUUGCAGCACCCAGUCAAUGUCAUUGGCAUCAAAAUGGCAGUCCUAUUUCUCUACCCAUCCACCCAAUUUAAUUCAGAUUUUCUCUUUUAUUGGCAAAAUCCAAUAAUAUAUAUUUUAAAAAGCAACAGCAGCACCACCUGUUGCCAAUGACAUUUGCAAUAUCUCAGCAACCCAUUAGCUACAGACUAGGAGCAACUACCAUUGGUUGUAGUUAUCUGAAGCUUUUUUCCAUGUGGACUUGUUCCCUGCUUUGGGGGAGAACAGAAAGUCAGCAGUAGAGCUGGUUUUAUUUCAAUUCCCAGCAUCUUAAUUUUGUUUUGUUUUUAAAGUGGAGCUAGUAGGUGAUAGAGCGAAAAGCCGUUCCUGGGAUCUGCUUCCUUUCAGAGCAAACAUUUCUGGGCUGGAUAGGCCAGUGAUCUGACUGCAGUAUAAGGCACCUUCCUGUGUUCUCGCUUGUGGCAGUUGGGAAGGUGGAAGUGGAUAACAUUGACUUCUGCUCUCCAUUUGCUCUAUGGUCCUUUCCACAUCUAUGUGUCCUUUUGGGACAUGUGAACAGAGAGAAGGGAAUGCGGCAAAGAACGUAGACUAGUGGAGGCAGGGAAAAUAGGCCUAGUGUUUAUGGACAAUUUGGUAGAAGAUAGUCAUUGUGGAUCAGCAGCAUCUUUCUCUUGCACAGGUAUAUGCAUGCAUUCCCCCUUCUCCUUAAUCCAGUGUUCCUCAAACUUUGGUUCCUGCUAGCUAGGGAUGAUGGGAGUUGUAGUCCAACAACAGUGGGGGGACCCAAGUUUGAGAAACACUGCCUUAAUCCCUCAGUUUCCUUGCAUAUUAAGUCAGUGUGUAGGAAGACAAUUCAGUAUCGAUACAUGUUUGUAAUCCCAUUUCCUAUAAUAUUGUCAUGACACCUCUCAUAUCCUGAUCAGUUUUCACCUUCCCUUUGCAUAUAAUUCUCCUGUGCAUUAUUGUGGCGUGAUUCCAGUGUGUGGAACUCAAGGUUCUCUUCCAGUCUCAUAACCGCUCCUGACGGGUAGGCAAACUAAGGCCGGGGGGGCCAGAUCCGGCCCAGUCGCCUUCUAAAUCCGAUCCGCAGACGGUCCAGGAAUCAGCAUGUUUUUACAUGAGUAGAAUGUGUUCUUUUAUUUAAAAUGCAUCUCUGGGUUAUUUGUGGGGCAUAGGAAUUCGUUCAUUUCCCCCCCAAAAAUAGAGUCUGGCCCCACACAAGGUCUGAGGGAUAGUGGACCGGCCCCCCGCUGAAAAAGUUUGCUGACCCCUGUUUUAGGAGAAUAGUGCACCUAUUUCCAGAGUUAUUUGAAAGUAACAGGUAAUAGGCUUCCUGCUAAACCACAAGGAACUGGCCCUGGGAUCUUCCUCACCUUCCUCCUCUGGAAUGGGAACUGUUUCCCACUAGGGAUUAUACCGUUAUAUUUGCACCAAGCUGUAAGUGGGAGAAACCAGCUUUUAUUUCCUGGCUUGAGUGAGAGCCUAAUUGGCUGUAUGUGUUCUUAAUAUUGCUGCCAAUGCAACAGUUAACCACAGUUAGACAACUUGUGCUCUGUAGGAGGAGGGCGGGGAGGACAAGGGAACAUGCAGUCCUGUUGAUUCCUCCUAUGAAUAAGCCAUCAAGAACAUUAUCUCUGCCCUGGUCUGUAGAGAUGGGUAGGAUUUAAAUGUUCACCUUUGUCUUGGGCUGUGUUUGUACCAGAGCUCAAAAAGUGAAACUGAAUCAGCCCUCUUUCAGAGUAGAGUGGGGAGGAAUGCCAACAUCUAAAUCUUCUCUCACCUUUUUCUAUUUUUUGGUCUGCAGAUGAUGCUGGUGUGUGGUUUUAUUGUGGAGCCAAGACUCCUGAGACAGCUAAUUAAAGGGCAAGUUGUCCCGACUGAGCUUGCGGUUUAUCUUAGGGAGACGAGGCCCGGAUUCCUUGUGGCUUCAGUCUUGGCUUUACAUGAGAAUAGCAAAAUUGAGCUGGAAGAAGCAGACGCAUACAUCAAGGUUUGACAUUUAGCUUUUAUUAAUAGUUUGUUUAUUUGGAACUUCCAGAGCAGUCUGUGUCCCAUCAUUAAGUAAAGGAAGGACAAACUAAAAGUGCAAUUCCCAUCUGUGGGAAGAAAGUUGGAGUCAGACUUCUCAUACAGCUCCAUAAACAGCAAGAGGUACAGUGGUACCUCGGGUUAAGUACUUAAUUUGUUCCGGAGGCCCAUUCUUAACCUGAAACUGUUCUUAACCUGAAACACCACUUUGGCAAAUGGGGCCUCCUGCUGCUGCUGCGCCGCCGGAGCACAAUUUCUGUUCUCAACCUGAAGCAAAGUUCUUAACCCGAGGUACUAUUUCUGGGUUAGCGGAGUCUGUAACCCGAAGCAUAUGUAACCUGAAGCAUAUGUAACCCGAGGUACCACUGUAUCGUAAAUUCAACAGCUCCCUUCCUCUUUGUUGGCUAAGGGGCAUAACCAAAGCAGCUGUUGUUGUUGUUGUCAAUAAUAGUAAUAAUAAUAAUAAAUUUAUUAUUUAUACCGCGCCCAUCUGGCUGGGUUUCCCCAGCCACUCUGGGCGGCUUUUAAAAACACAAUACAACACAAACAUUAAAAAACUUCCCUAAACAGGGCCGCCUUCAGAUGUCUUUUAAAAGUAAGAUAGUUGCUUAUUGCCUUGACAUCGGGGGGGGGGCUGGGGGGUGUUCCACAGGGUGGGCACCACUAUCGAGAAGGCCCUCUGCCUGGUUCCCUGUAACCUCACUUCUCGCAGGGAGGGAACCACCGGAAGGCCCUCGGAGCUGGACCUCAGUGUCCGGGCUGAAUGAUGGGGGUGAUUCUCUUGGGUACAUUAUUUUUUUGCAUUACACCCACAUAUUGUAUACUGAUGCAUCUGGAGAUGUCUCCCCCGCUUAACGUUUCUGAUUAUCCUCCCUUGCUUAAAGGAUAUUUGCUUAAAUGACUGCUCCCCACAUUAAAUGGGGGGGUGCCCUUUGUGUAGUCGCGCGCAGCCCCCUGGACCCUAUGCGGCACCAUUAGUACAGGCUUGGCUUCACCUUCCCCAGGUGGGAUACCUGGAGGUCUCCGCCUACCUCAGCCCGUUGCCCAAUCCCGCCUGGGGAGGCGUUGCCAAGCUGAUCAGGCCAAGGUAGGGGGAGGGACCACCCUGCCCACACAAUAGGGGAAGGAUCUUACCUGGGAAUCCUCAGUUGGCUCUACAACAAAUCGGCUACAUUUUGUCUUUGUGUGUGAGUGGCUCUUUCCCUUAAUAUUUUGGAAGAACAGAUGCUGAGUGCUGAGGAGGAAGAUGCUGUCCCCCAGCUCUUAGUGGACUUCUGGGAAGCCCUUCUUGUUGCAUGCAGUCAGAAAGAAGUGGUUCAAGAGCUGCAUUUCAAACUUGCUGAGCAGUAUAUUUGGAGGCUCUCCAGGAAGCAGUUGCCCAAUACUAAGCCGCUGAAAACCACUGAAGAUCUGGUAAACAGAGUUUGUAUCCUACGUGUGUGUGUGUGUGUGUGUGUGUGUGUAUGUGUGUGUCAGUGUCAGGGACCGUGCUGAGAAGGGCUGCACCGACAAAGAAUGGUGGGAACCCCUCCCUCCUCUUGAUCCUGAUCCUGAAUCUUCCCAGGAGCAGGAGGACAGUAUAGAUUUGGAACAGUGGUUUGCAGAGGGGAGUAGCUCAGAAAGCAGAAGCUGGGAAAUACUGGGUGGGGAACAGCUAGCAGAAGAAACCCUAGAAGAGAGAGAGAGUUAACAGAUUCACAGUCUCUGAAUAGUAUCUACACACACACCCUUCCCCAAAGUCACGGAGAGCUCAGAAAGUGUCAAAAAAGAAAGCGCAGAGGCUACAAGCUCAGAUUACAAGAUGUAGGAGUGACGUAGAUUAAUAGGGAUGGAAGAGGGUGUGACCCUUAAUUGGGAGCACCGCCAUUCUGGGAAGAUGCUUUCUUUUGUUCUUCGCUGUGUUUAUUAAAGAAACUAACUGGUAAGAAUUCCCUUUUGUUUGAUCUGCUCAUUUACAGCCAUGGGGGAGAAAGCCAAUUCCCUGAAGCCUGACAGUAUGUAUGUGUACAAACAGGUUUGAAUGGAACUGCAUCAGUUUGGUUCUAGAUGAAUUGGACACUUUUAUAAUAUCGGGGGGAAAUAAUUCUUUCAGGAGUACUACAUAUUUCAAAACAAAUGACUUACAACCGUAAUUUAGUCUACAAAUAAACUGGGAGUGUACUUUUGUUUUGACCCCCUUAAAUGAAGGAAUCUUAAAUGAGGACUUGGAAAUUAGACACAAAAAUGCUUAGAAUGCUAAUGGCUUUUUCUUAUUUAUUUUUGCACUUGUUCAGAUAAAUUCCUGUGGUCAUUAUGGACUUAUUUUUCCUUGGGUUACGUUCAUGAUGUCAUUAAUUCCUCCAGCUGACCAGAAUGCUUCUGACGACCUUUCAAAAUUACAGGUAUAAAAUGCUUUCAUUCCCCUGCAUCUUUUUUCUCUAUAGCCCAGGGGUAAAUAACAUGGUGCAGAGCUGUACCUGGGGGGGGGGGGGCUAGAUGGGUUUUAUUGCCCCGGGUGAAGCCUCCAAAGGGGCGCCAUUGAGUCUCUCAGUGCGUGUGUGCGUGCUUGCACAAAUGCACAUGGAGUGUGUGCCAAACUGGGUCUUUGACCUGGGUGAAAUAAAGCCUAGUUUCACCCCUGCAUGAUGCUCUCCAGAUGUUGUGGGCUACCAUUCUCAUCACCCUCAGCCAGCAAGACCAAAGAUCAGGAGCUGUAUGAGUUGUAGUUCAAAACAUCUGGAAGGCACCCCAUAGCAACCCUGGGCCCUAGCCUCUGUAGAUUAAAAAACACAUGUGUUUGAUCUCCUUUAAGGUGAGUUUAUUUUAAAUAAAUAAACUUAAAUAAAUAAGCAGUACACAAGGCUUUAGCUAGCUUAAAAGAUGGAGAAGCUGUGGUGCUCAAUAUGUGGCCAGAUUCCAACUCCCAUCAGCUCCAGCUAGCAUGGCAAUUGGUCAGGAGUGAUGAGACUCACAGUCAAACCAUAUCCGGGAAGUCACAGUUUCCCCAUUCCCGUCCUAGGCUUUUCUGAACCAUUUCUUCAGCCUUGAAGACACUGGGGCUGAAAAGAAGACCCACUGCCUACAGUUACACUAAAUGCCUUGAAUGCAUGCCUCAGGUCAGGCCGGAAAUAUCCCAAUACGCAGCAAAGGCAUCGUUCAAAGCAAGAAUGACCCCAAAAGAAGUAAUGGGCAUACAAGUGAGGAUAGCAGACAUAGGUCUUAAUCUAAACAAGGCAAUUAAAAAUUGCAUUUGCUUCAGUUUUCCCUGGCUCACCCGGUCUGCCAAGCUGUUCUUAACGAUGAAAACAUUGUUUGGGGGUGAGAGGGGGUUUUUUUAUUUAAAAAAUGGUUGGUGUCUUCCAGUCCAUGCCUACAUUGGUAUGGCUUGGUUUUUUCAUUGUGUCUUAAAUUCUAGAGGUAAUGUUUCUGCCCCCACCCUUCAGUCUCUCUUAUGUAGUUCAUACUUCAAUAUACCUUCCAUUCUGCCACUGUUGGAGGCCCUUCCAGAAGAGACUCUUCCUGGCCUGAGCAUCCACAUUCUUUGCGAUACUCGGUUAGGGCAGUAUGAGAGAUCCAUUGACAAACUUCUGGAAAGAUGCCCUCAAGCCGUCAUACCCUACGCCCAACAUGAAUUGAAGCAUGAAUGUCGGGUGAGCUUUAUUUAUUACCUUCAUUCAGUCUUAGCUCUGGUUUUUUUCCCUCUCCUUUAAACCCAUGAACAAAAAAAGCACUGCUAGAAAAUCGUACAAGUAUUUGUACUGCUAACCUUUCCUUAAGCUGAUCAGCUUUCCAUGCAUUUGUUAAACGUGAUUAACAUAGCACAGUUAUUCAAUACUUUGCUCAGGCAUUCUUUUAAAAAACGCUCACAGUUGAAAUGUACUUCAGUGGAGGAGUUUGGAUUUGAUAUCCCGCUUUAUCACUACCUGAAGGAGUCUCAAAGCGGCUAACAUUCUCCUUUCCCUUCCUCCCCCACAACAAACACUCUGUGAGGUGAGUGGGGCUGAGAGACUUCAGAAAAGUGUGACUAGCCCAAGGUCACCCAGCAGCUGCAUGUGGAGGAACGGAGACGCGAACCCGGUUCCCCAGAUUACGAGACUACCGCUCUUAACCACUAUACCACACUGGCUCUUGUGUGAAGUGCUUGUGUGAAAUGCUCACAAGGCUUGCUUUAUUCUGCUGGAUAUAGAAAACUGGUGUUCUUUCGAGAAGACACACCUUGGAGGCUGUUUGUUGCUUUCCUGCUGCAGUUACCUCAGCCGCCUUUUCACCAUCACACUUGAUGUUACAAAGCUUCUUCUGUCCUGAAAUGUCAUGUACAUGCUGAUGGCUUGUACAUUGUUAUUGAUGGGCAUUGCUCCAUCCACCAUAUAGUGACCCCAUUAGUGCACAAUUCUAAAGCACGGUUAAACACUGCGUUGCCAACAUUCAGCAAGUCUAAGCAAAGCUUUGGGCUUGUGUGUUGAACACACACACAUAUACAUACAUAUAUACAUGUAUACAUGGUCCCCUGUGGAGAUGGUAAUCUGGAAACAGUGGGUCGUGUUCUCCUGUCUUGUCCCCUUAAUAAAGAUCUGAGGAAUGAGAUCAUUACCCCACUCUUACUUACCAUCCCAGGCCGCCCAUCUGAGGCCACAUUGUUCUUUCUUUUAUCAGAUCAAAAUGAUCAGACAACAGCAAAGGUUGCUAGGUUUAUUGAGGGUGCAAUGAGAUUAAGGGCCACUAUCUGAACGAUAAUCUUGGUCAUUUGAUUGCCCUUUUUUACCCAUUGCUAUCUUUUUUAUUUGUAUAUAUUGCUUGUUUUAUGUUGCUAUGGCCAUUGGCUAAUGCGAAUAAAGUUUAUCUUACCACGUAUACAUGGCUUGCAUGAGGACUUUUACAAAGCUUAGUUUCUCUUUUAUUAAAUCUUGGAUUAGCAUUUGCAUUCAAGCAAGGGAGCGUAGUUAUAAAACUCUGGCCAGUCUGGUAAUAAGCCAGCUCACACCAUCGGUUUUGAAGCUCCGUUGUAUAACCAUUGCUGCAAUUCAUGAUCCUAAUUGUGUACAGUGUGCUAAACUGAGAUUCCUAAAAUGCAAGACCAAACUUGGUAGAAGUCCUCCUGGAGAGCAAGUCCAACACUUGGACUUGUUUGCAUUGUGCUAAACCGUGGUUUGGUGUUACUUGCAAAUACAGCUGUUAUGUAAGUUACACCGAUGUAAUAUUGUGGAAGUCAAGAUUGUGUUGGGGUGCUAAAUUGUGUGUGUGAGAUAGAGACAGAGAGAGAGAAUGAGAAAAAGCUUCUAGUCUGCAAAGAAAAGCUUCAAAUAUACGGUAAUUUGAAAGUUAUAGGCAAUGCUUGCUUAAAUCUGACACCUAGGAGUGGGGCAGCAUUUUCAAUGUCCUGCUUUCUUUCCCCUGUAACAGUGGAAGGGAAAGCAUUGUAUAAAGUAUAUAUAAUUCUGCAUGAUUUCUGCAGGUCACAGAAUGCAGCUUUCCUUGGCGCUGUUAGGCAUUUUGUCACUUCUUUCAUCUCGGCUUGUACUUUGCCCUGAAUUCUUAGUAUCACAAGAGGGAGCCAUCGCUCUUGUUUGUUGCUAAGUUUAAGAAGAACCCUGACAAGCUAUACUUCACAGAUAUAAGAGUGAUAAAUAUAUAUUGUAUUUAAAGGUGCUCCUUUAAGACAGAAAGAGUGUGUGUUAAGAAACAAAGAGGUUGGAUUCCAUUAGGAACAUCAUAGCACUCUUGAUAUUUUCUCCCUCUCUCCUUGGGUCUUACGGCUGGCUUAGGCUCUGUGGUGGAACAAACUCCUUCCUGAGCUCUGUAAACGAAUCAGAGAUCCUGGAGACAACUAUUCUGUACUCCUGUCAUCCCUAACAGGUAAAGAAAUGUGCUUCUUGUCAGUUUGUGGAUGUGCAGAGUCUUUGCAGUGUGGUUUUUUUAAAAAGCUUUUAGAUGUAUAGAUGGCUGCCAUGCUUUUAAUGACUAUAUUAAAGAACUGGAUUCAGAGCAGAUGCUAAGUGAGCUCAUUUCUGCACAAAUCACAACACUUUCAAGGCUAAACGUAAUUAGGCAAAGUAAGAAUUGAUGGCUAAAGAGAAUCUUGUUUAAACGUGGUGUAUCUUCCCUGCCCAGAAACGUUAUCUGUCAUUGCCAUGGAACUGGAAUUGAGGGACUUCCUUAAUGUUUUACCGGAGGAUGGGAAUGCCGCAUUCUUCCUGCCACAUCUGCUUCAGUGCAGCAGAAGGAAACUAGUGACCUAAGCACAAGAAAGAAGGGCUGCGUGAUCUCUGAGAAACGUUUUGCAAGAGAAAGUACUCAAAUGGACGAAAGCUCACUCUGCAACUAUAAAUUCAGUACUGUAGAUAUGGGGGGUCUUUAGCAUUUCCCUAUGUGCGUGAGAAGAUUGGUUGACACAUUAAAAUAUAAAUAUUGGCACAUUAAAGUAAGGCUGUGUGUGCAAUUUUUAAGACUUUGCCUACUUCAGCUGUGGCCUGAAAUCCUAUCCUAACCAUCUCACUCCCCUUUCUUGUGAUAGUUUUAUGAUGCUAAACACGGUUGUUGUAAGUGAGCUAGACAUAUACUCUGUGGAGAAAGUUGGGCUAAAUGUCAGUACAUUCCAAGGACAGCUUUACUGUGAAUAUAAUUCAGUUUUAUUCUUCUCCUUAUAAUCACCUGUGUCAGAUGGGGUGUCCAACAAACCAAACAGCUGAAAAUCUCAUGUGAAUAAUAAUAAUAAAAUUCUCUGCACCAAAAGCCAUGAAUACAAGUGACAGCAAGUUCUUGGAUUUCCUUUUGGAUCUGUAGUAGCCUGUUUGUUCAAGCAGCUUCUGUAACGGGACUUCACUGAAAUCAGAUGCUGGGGCUGUUCUUAUAAGCUGGUCCUAUCACGGAUUUUCUGCACAAACAAUAACAUGUGCUAUUUAAUCUGCCUUGAGUUUCUCCCUGGUCUCUAUUUACAACUG